AUGAACAAGCUGUAUAUCGGAAACCUCAACGAGAACGUGACUCCGGCGGAUCUGGAGAAAGUCUUCAACGACCACAAAAUAUCCUUCUCUGGCCAGUUCUUGGUGAAAUCUGGCUACGCCUUUGUCGACUGCCCAGAUGAGCAAUGGGCUAUGAAAGCCAUCGAAACUUUUUCUGGCAAAGUGGAGUUGCAUGGGAAACAACUCGAGAUUGAACACUCAGUCCCUAAAAAGCAAAGGAGCCGCAAAAUUCAGAUAAGAAACAUCCCCCCCCAGCUUCGAUGGGAGGUCUUGGAUGGUUUGCUAGCUCAAUAUGGUACUGUGGAAAACUGUGAACAAGUGAAUACGGACAGCGAGACAGCAGUUGUUAAUGUCACCUAUUCUAACCGGGAACAGACAAGACAAGCCAUCAUGAAACUUAAUGGACACCAGCUGGAAAACCAUGCACUGAAGGUCUCCUACAUACCUGACGAACAGACUGGGCAGGGUGCAGAGAAUGGACGUCGAGGUGGCUUUGGGACUCGGGGUGCCCCAAGGCAAGGGUCUCCUGUGGCUUCAGGAGCUCCAGUGAAGCAGCAACCAGUGGAUAUCCCCCUUCGGCUUCUUGUUCCUACUCAGUAUGUGGGAGCCAUUAUUGGCAAAGAAGGUGCCACCAUCCGCAACAUAACCAAGCAGACGCAAUCCAAAAUUGAUGUGCACCGGAAGGAAAACGCUGGGGCGGCAGAGAAAGCAAUAAGCAUCCAUUCAACCCCAGAAGGCUGCUCUGCUGCUUGCAAGAUGAUCCUGGAAAUCAUGCAGAAGGAGGCAAAAGACACCAAGACUGCUGAUGAAGUACCUCUGAAAAUCCUAGCCCACAACAACUUUGUGGGACGACUGAUUGGCAAGGAGGGACGCAACCUGAAGAAAGUUGAACAGGACACAGAGACAAAGAUCACCAUCUCCUCCCUUCAGGACUUGACAUUAUACAACCCUGAAAGGACUAUCACUGUGAAAGGCUCCAUUGAGAACUGCUGCAGAGCAGAGCAAGAAAUUAUGAAGAAAGUGAGGGAGGCCUAUGAGAAUGAUGUUGCGGCCAUGAGUCUACAGUCACACUUGAUACCUGGUCUCAACCUAGCUGCUGUUGGUCUCUUUCCUGCCUCUUCCAACGCUGUGCCACCUCCUCCAAGUAGUGUCUCUGGAGCAGCUCCGUACAAUUCUUUUUUGCCUCCUGAGCAAGAGACUGUGCAUGUUUUCAUCCCUGCCCAGGCUGUAGGUGCGAUCAUUGGCAAGAAGGGACAGCAUAUCAAACAGCUCUCCAGAUUUGCAAGUGCCUCAAUCAAGAUUGCUCCUCCAGAGACGCCAGAUUCCAAAGUGCGCAUGGUGAUAAUCACUGGACCACCAGAAGCCCAGUUUAAGGCUCAAGGACGAAUUUAUGGAAAGCUGAAAGAGGAAAACUUUUUUGGGCCCAAAGAAGAAGUGAAACUUGAGACGCACAUCCGAGUCCCUGCCUCAGCAGCAGGAAGAGUCAUUGGCAAAGGGGGCAAAACAGUCAAUGAACUGCAGAACCUGACAGCAGCUGAGGUAGUUGUUCCCCGGGAUCAAACCCCUGAUGAGAAUGAGCAAGUCAUUGUCAAAAUCAUCGGACAUUUCUAUGCUAGCCAGAUGGCUCAACGCAAAAUACGUGAUAUCCUUGCUCAGGUGAAACAACAGCAUCAAAAGGGACAGAACAGCCAGACACAAGCACGAAGGAAAUAG